CUGUUUCACCUUGUGUCUGAGCUGGUCUGAAGGCUGGUUGUUCAGACUGAGCUUCCUGCCUGCCUGUACCCCGCCAACAGCUUCAGAAGAAGGUGACUGGUGGCUGCCUGAGGAAUACCAGUGGGCAAGAGAAUUAGCAUUUCUGGAGCAUCUGCUGUCUGAGCAGCCCCUGGGUGCGUCCACUUUCUGGGCACGUGAGGUUGGGCCUUGGCCGCCUGAGCCCUUGAGUUGGUCACUUGAAGCUUGGGAAUAUUGAGCAGAUCUUCAGAGUAAAAAGAAAGAAAAGAAAAGAAAAGAAAAAAGAAAAAGAAAAGAAAACAUCCAGCAAGGUCCCGGAGGAAAAAUAGAAAAUUAGAAGACUGGCAUUAUAUUCUCCUGCCUUUUGAAAAGAUGGACUUCAGCAGAAAUCUUUAUGAUAUUGGGGAACAACUGGACAGUGAAGAUCUGGCCUCCCUCAAGUUCCUGAGCCUGGACUACAUUCCACAAAGGAAGCAAGAACCCAUCAAGGAUGCCUUGAUGUUAUUCCAGAGGCUCCAGGAAAAGAGAAUGUUGGAGGAGAGCAAUCUGUCCUUCCUGAAGGAGCUUCUCUUCCGAAUUAAUAGACUGGAUUUGCUGAUUACGUACCUAAACACUAGAAAGGAGGAGAUGGAAAGGGAACUUCAGACACCAGGCAGGGCUCAGAUUUCUGCCUACAGGGUCAUGCUGUAUCAGAUUUCAGAAGAAGUGAGCAGAUCAGAAUUGAGGUGUUUUAAGUUUCUUUUGCAAGAGGAAAUCUCCAAAUGCAAACUGGAUGAUGACAUGAACCUGCUGGAUAUUUUCAUAGAGAUGGAGAAGAGGGUCAUCCUGGGAAAAGGAAAGUUGGACAUCCUGAAAAGAGUCUGUGCCCAAAUCAACAAGAGCCUGCUGAAGAUAAUCAACGACUAUGAAGAAUUCAGCAGAGAGAGAAGAAGCAGCCUUGAAGGAAGUCCUGAUGAAUUUUCAAAUGGGGAGGAGUUGUGUGGGGUAAUGACAAUCUCGGACUCUCCAAGAGAACAGGAUAGUGAAUCACAGACUUUGGACAAAGUUUACCAAAUGAAAAGCAAACCUCGGGGAUACUGUCUGAUCAUCAACAAUCACAAUUUUGCAAAAGCACGGGAGAAAGUGCCCAAACUUCACAGCAUUAGGGACAGGAAUGGAACACACUUGGAUGCAGGGGCUUUGACCACGACCUUUGAAGAGCUUCAUUUUGAGAUCAAGCCCCACAAUGACUGCACAGUGGAGCAAAUCUAUGAGAUUUUGAAAAUCUACCAACUCAUGGACCACAGUAACAUGGACUGCUUCAUCUGCUGUAUCCUCUCCCAUGGAGACAAGGGCAUCAUCUACGGCACUGAUGGACAGGAGGCCCCCAUCUAUGAGCUGACAUCUCAGUUCACUGGUUUGAAGUGCCCUUCUCUUGCUGGAAAACCCAAAGUGUUUUUUAUUCAGGCUUGUCAGGGGGAUAACUACCAGAAAGGUAUACCUGUUGAGACUGAUUCAGAGGGGCAACCUUAUUUAGAAAUGGAUUUAUCAUCACCUCAAACGAGAUAUAUCCCGGAUGAGGCUGACUUUCUGCUGGGGAUGGCCACUGUGAAUAACUGUGUUUCCUACCGAAACCCUGCAGAGGGAACCUGGUACAUCCAGUCACUUUGCCAGAGCCUGAAAGAGCGAUGUCCUCGAGGCGAUGAUAUUCUCACCAUCCUGACUGAAGUGAACUAUGAAGUAAGCAACAAGGAUGACAAGAAAAACAUGGGGAAACAGAUGCCGCAGCCUACUUUCACACUAAGAAAAAAACUUGUCUUCCCUUCUGAUUGAUGGCGCUAUUUUUUGUUUGUUUGUUUGUUUUGUUUUUUUGAGACAGAAUCUCGCUCUGUCGCCCAGGCUGGAGUGCAGUGGCGCAAUCUCAGCUCACUGCAAGCUCCGCCUCCCGGGUUCACGCCAUUCUCCUGCCUCAGCCUCCCGAGUAGCUGGGACUACAGGGGCACGCCACCAUGCCCGGCUAAUUUUUUAAAAAUAUUUUUAGUAGAGACAGGGUUUCACCGUGUUAGCCAGGAUGGUCUUGAUCUCCUGACCUCGUGAUCCACCCGCCUCGGCCUCCCAAAGUGCUGGGAUUACAGGCGUGAGCCACCGCGCCCGGCCGAUGGUAUUUAGAUAUAUAACACUAUGUUUAUUUACUAAUUUUCUAGAUUUUCUACUUAAUUUAUUAAUUGUUUUGCACUUUUUUAUAAGAGCUAAAGUUAAUAGGAUAUUAACAACAAUAACACUCUCUCCUUUCUCUUAUGCUUAAGGCUUUGGGAAUGUUUUUAGCUGGUGGCAAUAAAUACCAGACACAUACAAAAUCCAGCUAUGAAUAUAGAGGGCUUAUGAUUCAGAUUAUUAUCUAUCAACAUUAAGCCCACUGUUAAUAUUCUAUUAAUUUUAAUUCUCUCUCGAAGCUAAAUUCCACACUACCACAUUUAAAAAAUUAGAAAAUAGCCAUGUAUGGUGGCUCAUGUCUAUAAUCCCAGCACUUUAGGAGGUUGAGGUGGGGGGAUUGCUUGAACCCAAGAGGUCAAGGCUGCAGUGAGCCAUGCUCACACCACUGCACUCAAGCUUGGGUGGCAGAACAAGACCCCGUCUCAAAAAAAAAUUUUUGUUUUUAAUAAAACAAAAUUUGAUUGAAAUCUUUUAAAAAUUCAAAUUAUUUUACAAGUUUUAAAUAAGCUCUCCCCAAACUUGCUUUAUGCCUUCCUAUUGCUUUUAUGAUGUAUAUAUGCUUGGCUAACUAUAUUUGCUUUUUGCUAACAAUGCUCUGGGGUCUUUUUAUGCAUUUGCAUCUGCUCUUUCAUCUCUGCUUGGAUUAUUUUAAAUCAUUAGGAAUUAAGUUAUCUUUAAAACUUAAGUAUCUUUUUUCAAAAACAUUUUUUAAUAGAAUAAAAUAUAAUUUGAUCUUA